AUGGCAGACGAACUAAACCCCCUAUCUCCUACAUCAGAAGUGGGAUCACCACCCCUACAAGACAAUUCGGAGAACAGCUGGCGCACGCUUCUGGAAUCGCAAAAUAGACUGCUGACGCCGACGCAGCAGCAUGGUGCAAAACGGCUAAGCAUGAUUCUAUGUGAACAUCCGCAAGAAGGUGCAUCUUUGGUAAUGACGCUCAGCAAGUCGUUGCUCGGUAGUGCAUCGCAGUGGCUAUCACAAAUAUGCUUCGCCGGAAUGAGUUGGGCGGAAUUCAAGGAAUUGUUCAUGGAGCGCUAUGAAGGCAACGAGACGCCGGCGGCAUUAUUGCUAAACAUGCUGAAGGGACGCCCAAGCCCCAACGAAUGCCUAUCAGUAUACUCCAGCCGAAUGGUUACAUCUUUAUUAACCAAGUGGAAAGCGAUGACACACGAAGAAAUUGCUAUAUCGUUGGUUCUGGCACAUUCGUCGCAAAUUGAUUCCAGACUGCAGCGAUUAGUGUUUACAACAAACAUAAAGACAAGAGCGGAGUUACAACAACAACUCAAAGCGCAUUCGUUCGCCAGAAAUUCAGAAUUCUCUGGAAUGGACAUGGGCCCCGAGAAGAAGAGGUUUAAAAUGCAAACGCCGAUUAGAUGCCAUAGCUGUGGAAAGCUGGGGCACAAAGCAAUAGAGUGUCGCAGGAGGAAAGCAGAAGAGAGGAACGAGACAAGAGCAGGCCAUAGCAACGGCAGAUCAACGAUGAUGAGAGAGAGACAUGUGACAUGUUUUAAGUGCGGCAACGUUGGACACAUCGCAUCAGUGUGCACGAUGGGACCAGCAGCAGCGAGUAAAAGCAGCGAGAGAAGAGUAGACAUGUGCGCGAUUCAUCAGCCUAACGGAACUGCAAUACAAUUCGGUGAGCGGUUUCCAUUUUUCUUUGAUUCGGGUUCCGAAUGCUCGUUGGUGAAAGAAACAACAGGCGAGAAGCUAGGCGGCAAAAGAUGUCAUAACUUGGUAGUUUUAAGAGGCAUUGGCGACAAUAUUGUCAAGAGCACUAUGCAAAUUCUGUCUACCGUACAAAUUUCAGAAUUUAAUUUCGAAUUGUUGUUCCACGUAGUAGAUAAUAAGUGUCUCAAAUAUGAUAUGAUAAUUGGACAAGACAUUUUUCAACUUGGCUUUGGAGUAAUGUUAGAAAGUAAUAAAUUUGAUAUUUAUAGAACUCAAACGGUAUUAUCGGUAAUUGACGAUAACACAUUAAAUAAGAUUGACUAUAAAAUAAUGUUAAUAUAGAUUUAAUUGAUAGUGAUAAGUCAAAGCUAAACGACAUAUUGACCAAAUA